GGUUGAUUUGGUAAUAAUAUGGGCCUAGCUUUCGGUUGGGCCCAAAAUGGAUAUUUAUGAGAAAAGCAACCCAAAAGAGUGCCAAAAAAUGGGGAAGAAGAGGAAGAGGGAGAGAGGAAGCAUACAUCCCCGGAACAAAUACUCCGACAACCCGCCGGACUUCGGUGUUUUGGCAUCACUGUAUCCUUCAUUUCAACCUUAUGUCUUCUACUCUCGAGAAGGCAAGCCAAGGAUCGAUUGGAAAGACUUCAAUGCCACUCGUGAGCUCACCAGGGUUUUGCUACUGCACGAUCACUCCAUCACCUGGUGGAUUCCUGAUGGACAACUCUGCCCCACAAUACCCAACAGAUCUAACUACAUUCAUUGGAUUGAAGACCUUUUAUCAUCAGACAUCAUACCCAAUUCCCAGGAGGGCAAUAAUGUCAUUAAAGGAUUUGAUAUUGGCACUGGAGCCAAUUGCAUCUACCCUCUUCUUGGUGCAUCUCUUCUUGGCUGGAGCUUUAUUGGAACAGAUGUGACAGAUGUAGCAUUAGAAUGGGCUGAAAGGAAUGUUAAGAACAACCCACAAAUUUCUGACUUAAUUGAGAUUAGAAAAGUUGACUUUGAGGAAGAGUUGACUGAAAAAGACAUGAAAAAUGGUGAUAAGAUUAAGAACUACCAUGGGCCUCCUAUACUUAUGGGUGUGGUGAAAAGUGGUGAAAGUUUUGAUUUUUGUAUGUGUAAUCCUCCUUUCUUUGAAACAAUGGAGGAAUCCGGACUUAAUCCAAACACCUCUUGUGGCGGAACCCUAGCGGAGAUGGUUUGCCCUGGUGGAGAACAAGCUUUCAUCACUCGGAUCAUUGAAGAUAGUGUUCAACUUCAACAGUCUUUUAGGUGGUAUACAUCAAUGGUUGGAAAGAAAUCAAAUUUGAAAAGCUUGAUAGCAAAAUUACGUGAGGUGGGAGUUAGUGUAGUUAAAACAACUGAAUUUGUUCAAGGUCAAACAUGUAGGUGGGGGGUAGCAUGGUCAUUUGUUCCUCCAUCAAAGAAAAUAAUAUCAUCUCAUGUGGCAUCCAAAAAUGUCCUUACUUUCAUGCUUCAGGGAAUUCAACGCAAUUUUAGUGCAUUUCAUGUUCUACAAUCAAUCGAAUCCUUCUUCCACACAAAUGGCGCCACCUGUAAAUUAAAUGCUGCCACUUUUCAUAUUGACAUACACGUGGCCAUGUCUAAUUGCAAAGAAAUCUUGAAGGAUAUUGACUUUGUUGACCAAUCAAAUGAUUUACAAUUCCGCAUAACAGUCUUUGAGCAAAUUCCGGGCACUCUUUUAAUUAGAGGAUCUUUGAAACCUGGAGAAACCUCUGUGCCAGGGUUACUUUCGUCGAUAUUCCAAAAGUUGGAGGGCAAGUUGAGAAAUUCAUUUUGCCCACAAAAGCUUUCAAACUCGGAUCAUGUAUAAUUUAAUCAUUUUCCUUCUCUUUACAAACAUCAUGAUUAAUGUACACAUCAUAAACAAGUUUUUGUCA